AUCUCCUCCCCCCCCCCUCGCUCUUGUAUAGAUAGAUAAGAUAUUCCCUAACCCCGCCCCCCUACCCCUUUUCUUUGUAUUUUUGGGGGGCAUAGAAUCGCGAGUCGAAACCAACAGGAUGGAUCUGCUGAAGCGCGAGCUUCAGCGGAAGCGGCAGAGCCUGGAGGCCGACUUCGGCGGCAAGAAGCUCCUCCGCCGCUCCGAGAUCGAGCAGAAGAAGCUCCAGAAGCUCCGCGACGACGAGCGCCGCUACCUCCUCUCCAAAUCCCUCCGCUCCUCGUCCUCCUCCUCCUCGUCCUCCGCUCCCUCCCUCAACGCCCCCUCCUCCUCCUCCUCCUCCGCGAACCCUAACCCUAACCCUAACCCUAACCCUAACGACCCCACCUCCUCUCUGCCCCCCGCCCUCUCCUCCUCCUCCUCCAAGAAGCUCGCCGAAACCCUAACCGACGAGCAGCGCAUCGACGACCUCGUCCUCCCCCGCCACGAGGUCAUCCGCCGCCUCCGACUGCUGAAGCAGCCCAUCACCCUCUUCGGCGAGGACGACGCCGCCCGCCUCGACCGCCUCAAGCUCACCCUCAAGUCCGGCAUCCUCGAGGUCGACAGCGACAUGAUCGAGGGCCAGGCCAACGACUUCCUCCGCGACAUCUCCGAGCUCCGCAAGCGCCACAAGUCCGGCUUCGUCAAGAGCAAGAGGGAGGACGACGGGCUCGAGGACGACGUCGCCGAUGGGGACGCCGACAAGAAUUUAAGCGGGGACGGGGGUUCGUCCGGCGUGGAUGCGGAUAAGGACUUGAAACGGAUGAAGGCCAAGUUCGAGGAUCUGUGCGAUGAGGAUAAGAUCUUGGUGUUCUUCAAGAGGCUGCUCAAUGAGUGGAAUCAGGAGCUCGAUGAGACGCCCGAUGCAGAAAAGAGGACGGCGAGGGGCAAGUCCAUGGUCGCCACUUUCAAGCAGUGCGCCCGCUACCUGAAUCCCCUGUUCAAGUUCUGCAGGAAAAAGGUUCUCCCAGAUGACAUCCGCCAAGCACUGCUCGUGGUGGUGGAAUGUUGCAUGAAACGGGACUACCUUGCAGCGAUGGACCAGUACAUCAAGAUGGCCAUCGGGAACGCGCCCUGGCCAAUCGGUGUCACUAUGGUUGGUAUCCACGAGCGCUCAGCCCGUGAGAAGAUCUACACCAACAGUGUGGCCCACAUCAUGAACGACGAAACCACCCGCAAGUACCUGCAGUCCGUGAAGAGGCUUAUGACCCUUUGCCAGCGUCGCUACCCGGCCGAUCCUUCCAAGUCAGUCGAGUUCAACAGCCUGGCGAAUGGGAGCGAUCUACAGUCACUCCUCUCUGAGGAAAGGGGAGGCUCGAAAGCCCCUUCGGAUGAUAGGCUUCGGUUAAUGCCUGCUCCAAAGGAAUAGCAUCUGUUAUAACUAUUGUUAACUAGGAUUAUGUAAUUUUCCAAGAUUAUGGAAGUCUGUAAUAUGCAUUGUAUCCUAUCUUUUUUUAACUUUCUUGUUUCAGUGGCUUAUUUUCUUUCUGAUACAAUAUAUAAUCUUCUAGAACGAGGAAAAUGAGAAUCUCAGUGUCUCCUUUUUUAAAUUGCAAACACACUUGGGUUUAUUAAA